UUGCAAGUUGAAAAACAUGAACUACACGCCUACACGGCUACACCGCAUCCUCUGGUUGGAUCCACCCCAAAGCUGCACUUUAAAAUUCGUGCCGAUAAAGAUAAUAUGCCUACUCCAUGCCUCAUCCAUAUUUACUCCGAAUAAUUCCCCCCUCUUUUUUUAUUGAACACCUGCCUUUAUAUAUCGGAGGAGCAACUCUCCUUCUCCACCCCCAUUUUCUCUCCACUCCCUUUUCUACUUCAGUUUCCGGCAGAGGCAACGGAGAUGGGUAUGUCGGUUAUUCUACCAGAUCUCGGCACCGAGAUCCUGAUUCCGGUGUGCGCCGUCGUCGGUAUAGCCUUCGCGCUCAUCCAGUGGUUCAUUGUAUCUAAGGUCAAGAUGUCCCCAGAGAAGCUUGUUUCGGGCUCUGACGGAAAGAACGGAUUUGCCGAUUCGCUUAUUGAGGAGGAGGAAGGCAUGAAUGACCACAGCGUCGUUCACAAAUGCGCUGAAAUCCAAAGCGCCAUCUCCGAAGGUGCAACCUCUUUCCUUUUCACUGAAUACCAAUAUGUUGGUAUUUUCAUGGUUGCUUUUGCUGUUUUGAUCUUUAUCUUUCUCGGAUCGGUAGAAGGUUUUAGCAGAAAGAGCCAGCCAUGCACAUAUGACGAAACCAGAUUGUGCAAGCCUGCUCUUGCUACCGCUGUCUUUAGCACCAUAUCCUUUUUGCUAGGUGCUGUUACUUCUGUGGUUUCUGGUUUCCUAGGAAUGAAAAUAGCUACUUAUGCAAAUGCCAGAACAACCUUGGAAGCUCGAAAGGGUGUUGGAAAGGCUUUCAUCACUGCUUUUAGAUCCGGUGCAGUGAUGGGGUUCCUUCUUGCGGCCAAUGGUCUUUUGGUAUUGUACAUUACUAUCAAUCUCUUCAAAUUGUAUUACGGUGAUGACUGGGAAGGUUUGUUUGAGUCUAUAACGGGUUAUGGUCUCGGUGGAUCUUCAAUGGCCCUCUUCGGCAGAGUUGGUGGAGGUAUAUAUACAAAAGCUGCAGAUGUUGGAGCUGAUCUUGUGGGCAAGGUGGAACGAAAUAUACCAGAGGACGAUCCCAGAAAUCCAGCAGUUAUUGCGGACAAUGUUGGUGAUAAUGUUGGAGAUAUUGCUGGUAUGGGGUCAGACUUGUUUGGCUCAUAUGCAGAGUCAUCUUGUGCAGCCCUUGUUGUUGCUUCGAUAUCCUCCUUUGGGGUCAACCAUGAGUUUACUCCUAUGCUAUAUCCUCUUCUUGUGAGUUCCGUAGGAAUCAUUGUCUGUUUGCUCACCACUCUAUUCGCAACUGAUUUCUUUGAAGUCAAGGCUGUAAAGGAAAUUGAGCCAGCAUUGAAAAACCAACUCAUAAUCUCCACUGUCCUGAUGACUGUUGGAAUUGCUAUUGUUACUUGGAUUGCACUUCCAUCUUCCUUCACCAUUUUCAACUUUGGAGCUCAGAAAGAAGUACAGAGCUGGCAACUGUUCUUGUGUGUCUGUGUUGGGCUGUGGGCUGGGCUUAUUAUUGGCUUUGUGACCGAGUACUACACAAGCAAUGCUUACAGUCCUGUGCAAGAUGUAGCUGAUUCUUGCCGCACUGGAGCUGCUACAAAUAUAAUUUUUGGCCUUGCACUGGGUUACAAAUCUGUUAUAAUUCCCAUCUUUGCCAUAGCUAUCAGCAUCUUCGUGAGCUUCAGCUUUGCCGCAAUGUAUGGCAUUGCAGUUGCUGCUCUUGGAAUGUUGAGCACCAUUGCUACUGGUUUGGCCAUUGAUGCAUAUGGUCCCAUCAGUGACAAUGCUGGGGGAAUUGCCGAGAUGGCUGGCAUGAGCCAUAGGAUCCGUGAGAGAACUGAUGCACUUGAUGCUGCAGGAAACACCACUGCAGCUAUUGGAAAGGGAUUUGCAAUCGGAUCUGCUGCUCUUGUGUCACUAGCCCUAUUCGGUGCAUUUGUAAGCCGAGCAGAAAUUUCAACGGUGGAUGUCCUCACGCCAAAAGUGUUUAUUGGAUUGCUAGUUGGUGCAAUGCUUCCAUAUUGGUUCUCUGCCAUGACCAUGAAGAGUGUAGGAAAAGCUGCUCUUAAGAUGGUUGAGGAAGUUCGCAGGCAAUUCAAUACCAUCCCUGGUCUCAUGGAAGGCACUGCCAAGCCUGACUACGCGAACUGUGUCAAGAUCUCCACAGAUGCCUCCAUCAAGGAGAUGAUACCGCCUGGUGCUCUUGUUAUGCUCACCCCACUAAUUGUUGGGAUUUUCUUUGGUGUGGAAACCUUGUCUGGUGUUCUUGCUGGAUCUCUCGUCUCUGGAGUUCAGAUUGCAAUCUCUGCAUCCAACACUGGUGGUGCCUGGGAUAAUGCCAAGAAAUAUAUUGAGGCUGGAGCUUCAGAACAUGCCAGAACACUGGGUCCCAAGGGAUCUGACCCACACAAGGCUGCGGUGAUUGGGGACACUGUUGGCGAUCCUCUCAAGGACACAUCUGGACCCUCACUGAACAUUCUCAUCAAGCUCAUGGCUGUUGAGUCACUCGUCUUCGCUCCCUUCUUUGCCACACAUGGGGGUCUGCUCUUCAAGAUCUUCUAGGGAGGACGCACUAGAAGAGAAGGAUCUCUCUUUGAUCUUACAUCCCACUUGUCAUAGCAUAGUACCUCUCGCAGAAAACUUUAUCAUAUCUUAAAUAUUUAUGUCAAGCACUUUUUUUGGUUGUGAGCUGUUGAUUAGUGAGGUGUAGUUCAUGCAGAGAAUUUUUUUGUGUAUCUGAGUUUUGUAUGGUUUGCUGAGGUUGGUACGGCGGCGUUGAUGAUGAUAGCAACCACAAAACUAUGCAAGAAUGGGAGGAUCUCGGUAAUGUUAGGUCGAUUUCCACCUUAUUAUAUUCAGCUGUUGAGGUUCUUGUUAAGGAUAGAAUCAGAGUCUUAAUGGGGUAAGCUAGUUCUUGUUUUUACUCUGUUUUUUGGAAGAAAAACUGAAACCGCAACCAGCAGAUUCUAGCCCUGUAUAGGAGAGCGAAGCGGUUAGGAAACCAAACUCCAAAUGGGUUUAAAC